AUGUCAACAAUCUAUUUCCAAUUGAAAGCAAAAUUUAGAUAAUUUUUAAGAAAUAAAAAAAAUGAGCUAUCAAUGUAUUGCGUGUAAUAAGUGUUUUAAGACUAAUAAGGAAUUAAUAAAGCAUUCACGUAUUCACAGUGGGGAAAAACCUUAUUCAUGUAGUGUGUGCAACAAAAGUUUCAGAACACAGGCCAAUUUAAGAGAGCAUAACGUCGUUCACACUAAAGAAAGAUCAUUUAUUUGUCCAAUUUGUGAUAAAUGUUUUGGUUUUAAGAGCUCUUUAAAUAGACAUUCAAAAACUCAUUUAGAAAGACAAGUUUUUUCCUGUACUGUUUGUAACAAAAGUUAUACUCGUCAUAAUGAUUUAAAAGUUCACUACCGUCUUCACACUCUCGAAAAGCCAUAUUCAUGUAAUUUAUGUGAUAAAACUUUCAGAACAUGUGAUCAAUUAAGAUACCAUUCUAAAUCAAUUCAUUCUGACAUAAGACCUUUCCGAUGCAAUGAGUGCAACAAAGGUUUCCUUACACAAGCUCAUUUAAAAGGGCAUUCCCUUACGCAUGUUAAAGAAAAUCAUAUAUGUUCUAUCUGCUUCAAGUCUUUUUCCAAUAAACUAUAUUUUGACAAACAUCAUGCUUCUGUUCACAGCGAAGAAAAACCUCAUAAAUGUCAUGUCUGUGAAAAAAGCUUUUCGUUAGAAAGAUCUCUAAAAAAACAUUAUGCUUGUCAUUUUCAGGAGAAACAAUUUUCUUGUCAUGUAUGUAGUAAAUCUUAUAACAGAUUUGAAAGUCUAAAUGUUCAUUUAGAUACUCACUUUGAAAUUAAAAAAUAUUCUUGCGAUCAAUGUGACCAGAGUUUCUCUACAUAUAGUAGAUUCAAAGAACAUAAGUACGUUCAUAAUGAAAAGCUAUUUUCAUGUGACAUAUGCAAUAGAAGUUAUCCCACUGAAAGUUUUUUAAUAAGGCACUUUAAAAGUGCUCAUUGCGAAGUAAAACCUCAUAAAUGUCAUAUUUGUAGCAAAAGUUUUAAACGUGUGGGACUAUUAAAAGCGCAUUUAACUGUCCAUACUGAAGAAAAACCCUAUUAUUGUGGAACAUGCAAAAAAAGUUUCAAAACACAUAGUUGUUUAAGACAACAUUCUAUUUGUCAUUCCAACUUAAAGCACAUGUGUCACGUGUGUAAGAAAAGUUAUAAUAGCAAAAAAAUUUUGACAAUACAUAUGCGUCACCACCUCAAAGUAAAACCUUUUCUCUGUAGCAUAUGUAAUAAGGGAUUUGCGACAAAGGAUGUAUUAAAAACUCAUUCUUUAUCGCAUUCAGACCUACGACCUUAUUCGUGUGAUGUAUGCAACAAAAGUUUUAAAUUAGUACAUUCAUUAAAAAGACAUAGUAUUGUUCAUACACAGGAAAAACCAUUUGAAUGUACACUUUGUGGUAAAAGUUUUACGGCUAGUCACUCAUUAAAAAGGCACUCAUUAAUCGCUCAUUCUGAAAACAAACCUGUCAAAGUAGAACUCGCAUUUAAUGAGGAGCCUGAGUUUUAAGCAAAUGGACUUUUGAUACAAAUUUGAAGUUAGAACAAAUAAAUUGAGGAUCAGAAAACAA